UAUUUCUGAUAAGGGACAUUUUUUUCCGGGGUUGUAAGGAUAUUUUAUUUUUCACUUGAUCAUUGAACGACAUCCGAACUCUUUACUUUUACAUAUUUUUGUAUCACUACUAUUUUUAUUUUUCCAAACAGUACUUGUGACACGUAAAGUCCGUAAUCAAAAAUAAGUAGGUAUGUCCCACAUUGAUAUUGAUGGGGCAGACGAUGGCGAGUUCACCGGAUACCGUGGAAUGAGCAUCUGUACGAACGGUAUAAACCGUUCUUUAAACCUACGAAUCUCUCGUGCCGUGAGUUAAAAUGAAAUUGACUGUCAAUGCUGAUCUGCUAAAAGAACGUGAAAAAUGCACUUUUGAUGUUGAAGAACUCACUAAUUUUUUGGAUGGAGGUGCUACACAAACCUUGAAUAGAAGAAAACUUGAAAAUUUUUUCCUUUCUGAUCCGAGAUUGAAGGAUGAAGUUCCAAUGGAAUAUUUAAGUCACAAAGAACGUUAUGAGCAUGCUGUACGUAAAAGUUGUAUUUUAUUCCAAAAAGUGAAUGAAUGGCAACAAUCUGAUGAGAGUACUAGCAGUUCCAUGGAAAUAUACAAAUCACUCUUAGGUGGAUCAAUAGGUAGUGCAAUAAUUAAGGAUGGUACACCUUUUUCUGUGCAUUAUGUUAUGUUUAUACCAACCAUUAUGGGUCAGGGAACAUUGGAACAGCAAGGAUAUUGGGUUGGUCGAGCUUUUAGCAAUCAAAUUAUAGGAACCUACGCUCAGACUGAACUUGGUCAUGGGACAUUUAUUCGAGGCUUAGAAACAACUUGUACUUAUGAUCCAGCUGCAGAAGAAUUUAUUUUGAAUAGUCCUACAUUAACGUCAUAUAAAUGGUGGCCUGGUGGACUUGGACAUACUUGUAACUAUGCAGUUGUAAUGGCUCAGCUCUACACCAAAGGAGAGUGUUUUGGUAUACACCCAUUUAUAGUUCAACUCAGAGAUGAGGAAACAUGGAAUCCAAUGCCUGGAAUAAAAAUCGGCGAAAUUGGAAGUAAAUUAGGAAUGAAUUCAACUAAUAAUGGGUAUUUAGCUUUCGAUAAAGUGAGAAUACCUAGAAUGAAUAUGCUUAUGAAAAAUGCCCAAGUUCUUAAGGACGGAACUUACAAAAAAUCAGUAAAUGACAAACUAACAUAUGGUACUAUGAUUUUUGUUCGUGUAGUGAUUGUUAGAGAUUUAGUAUGUAGUUAUGUAUCAAAAGCUGCAAUAAUAGCAACUAGAUAUAGUUGUGUUAGAAGACAGUCAGAACUUAAGCCCGGUGCAGGUGAAUCUCAAAUUUUAGAUUACCAAACACAACAAUAUAAAAUUUUUCCAGCUAUAGCCCUUAGCUUAGCAUACAAGUUUGCUGCAAUGUGGCUUUGGGAUACUUAUAAUGAAGUAACUUCACAGUUAGAUUUAGGCAAUUUAGGAAAAUUGCCAGAGUUACAUGCAAUGGCAUGCUGCUUAAAAGCUGUCAGUACUGCUGAUGCUGCUGUUGCAGUAACAAAAUGUCGUUUAGCAUGUGGGGGACAUGGAUAUAUGAAUUGCAGUAAUUUUCCAAAUAUGUAUGCAAUGACAUCUGCCACUGAAACAUAUGAAGGAGAAAAUACUGUGCUUCUUUUGCAAACAGCAAGGUUUUUGUUUAAAUCAUGUCAUGAUGCAAAAUGUAAUUUAAUUCUAACUGAAACUGUAUCGUAUUUAAAUACUUUCAAAAGCUCAAGACGUAAGACCUGGAACACAAAUUUAGAAUGUAUGAACAAUGCAUUUACACAAGUUGCUGGAAGUAAAAUUGAAAAUUGCUACUUCACUAUAAACCAAUUAGUAAAUUCUGGAAUGUCUCAAGAAGAUGCUUGGAAUGAAAAUACUAUUAAAUUAACUCAAGCAACUGAAGCACACUGUAGAGCAUUUGUAAUAAACACUUUUAUUACAACACUUAAAACUGUAAAACUUUCAGCAGAGUUAAUGAAAGUACUUACAGAGUUGUGUAAAUUAAUUUGUUGUCAUUGGAUUAUAAAUCAAUUAGGUGAUUUCCUUCAGUAUUCAAAUCUUAAAUCAAAUGAUGUUCCAUCAGUACAGUCUUUAUUAGAAGAAUGCUUAAGAUGUAUUAGACCCAAUGCAGUAGGGUUGGUAGAUAGUUUUGAUGUACGAGAUGAAAUAUUGGCUUCUGCUUUAGGAGUAUAUGAUGGAAAUGUCUAUGAGCGUCUAAUAGAAGAUGCUAACAAAAGCCCUUUAAAUCAAGAUCCUGUUAAUAUAUCUUUUUAUAAAUAUUUAAAACCAUUUUUAAAAUCAAAUCUAUAA